UGAGGGCUACAAACUUCCUUCUUGCAGUCUUUCACACACUCUCUCCCUCCAUUCAUGGAAAAUCAUGUCCGAGGAGGAAUGGAAGGUUCCCGACGAACUUUUUAAAGAUGUUAAAUUCUACGUGGUCGGAGAUAUUGACCAAAAGGUGGUGCAGCUCCUGAAAGCAGGGAAGGGGAAGGAGGUGUCCUACAAUGCUUUGGCCACUCACAUCAUCGCAGAGGAUGGAGACAACCCUGAGGUGGGCGAGUCCAGAGAAGUUUUUGACCUGCCUGUUGUCAAGCCUUCUUGGGUGGUCCUGUCUGUCCGAUGUGGAGAUCUUUUACCCGUCACGGGCUUCUCUCCAGAAUCGGGGCAGAUCUUUUUCGGUGUGACGGCUUGUCUUCCCAGACUUCCGGAUGAUCUCAACGCUCUGUGGGCUUUUGUAACGUUCCAUGGCGGAGAAUGUCAGCUGAACCUCAACAAGAAGGUCACCCACUUGGUGGUUAAGGAACCAAAGGGGGUGAAGUUUGAGUGUGCCCUGAAACACCCAAACAUCAAGCUUGUCACUCCAGACUGGAUAACAGAUUCUGUUAAAGAUAAAACCAGAAAGGAUGAGGGUCUUUAUCAUCCCAGACUCACAUAUGUGGAGCCUGAAGAAGAGGAGAGCGAAGCAGAGUCCUGUGACAUGCACUCUCGUUCAGAUCUAUCCAGCGGGGGCUCAUCCGAGGAGGAGUCAAGUCCUCGCAGACGACCUGGACCCAAACGAUUCAACUCUGUUUCGCCAACCUCUCCUAGAAAACCCGAGCGCCGCAGCGAGCGGAUGUUUGACGACUCCGACGACGACUCUGCCACAGAGAAGGAGGGCACCAACUUGAACUGGACACCGGCUGAAGUUGUCACACCGAUUGUUCCUAUUCCGGAUGGCAUGGCCAGGCGGCGGGGAGGGGCGCCUGGCAGCAAGGAUCCAGUGUCGUCCACAGGUAGUGGGCUGAUCAACCUGUGUGCCACAGUACCUCCUGUUCCUGGCAGCACAGGCGCCAUUCCUGCUGAGGUUCGCUCUGCUGCUGUUGUAAUCAGUCACUCUGCACAGCAAGGUGGAUCAGGUCCAGAUGGUGUGCCAGGAUGGAACCAAGCCAUUAGAACCCUACGCAACAUAACGAACAGCACUGACAUGCAGUCAGCCAGUCGACAUAUCAUUCCAAACCUGACUGGUAGUCAAAUCAAGCCUUUGGAUCAGACGCACCUGAGCCACACUCAGACCCCCAACAGCACCAACCUUCCUUUGUUCAGUCAGGCCAAAGUGGCAGAGCAGCAGCAGUCUCUGCAGCAGUCACACCAGGCAGCCCAGCAGCAUCAGCAGCUACCACAGCAGUCACAGCAUCCCAUGAUGCACCUCCAGCAGCAACAACAGCUGAUGAAGCUGCAACAGUCACAGAUUGUUCAACAACAGGGUUUCCCACAGCAGCAGCAGCAGUUUCUUCAUCAGCAGCAGCUGUUCUCACAGCAGCAGCAGCAGCAGCAGCAGCUGCGACCCCAGCAGCUCCUCCGACCCGGUCUGCAGCAGCUGCAACAGCAGCUGCAACAGUAUCAGCAGCAGCAGCGUAUGCACAUGUUACAGCAGCAGAACCAACAGCAGCUCCAUCAGCAGCACCUUCAGCAGCAGCAGCAGCAGCAGCAUCUCUUGCAGAUGCAGAAACAGCAGCUCCAAAGUCAGCAACAUCAGAAUCAGCAGAUCUUCCAGCAGCUGCCUCACAUCUCCCAGCUGUUUGGACAUGAGCCGGGACAAGACAUUCCACUGGACAGCUUCCUGCUCAGCUGUGUGUUUGCAGUGGCUGAUUACCCAGAACAAAUGGCUGACAAACAACUUCUGGCCACGUGGAAGAGGGUCAUCCAAGCAUGUGGGGGUGUUGUUGACCCCACGCUGACCAGCCGCUGCACUCACCUGCUGUGUGAGAGUCAAGUCAGCAACGUUUAUGUACAGGCUCUUCGAGAGGGGAAGCGUUGUGUGACUGCCCACUGGCUCAGCACCGUGCUGAAGAAGAAAAAGAUGGUUCCUCCUCAUCGAACAUUACAUCUGCCCUUCGCUUUCCCUCCAGGGGCCAAACCGUGCUCUCAGCAUAUUGUAUCGGUGACAGGCUUUGUGGACGCUGACAGGGAUGACCUGAAGCUCAUGGCUUACUUGGCCGGUGCCAGAUACACGGGAUACUUGUGCCGCAGUAAUACGGUCCUCAUCUGCAAAGAACCCAGUGGACUGAAGUAUGAGAAGGCUAAGGAGUGGAAGAUCCCGUGUGUCAACGCUCAGUGGCUUUGUGAUAUUCUACUGGGGAACUUUGAAGCUCUGAGACAAAUUCAGCACAGCCGAUACUCCAUCUUCACUCACCCCGAGCCACUGGCACCCAACCCUCAGUUGGUCCACAACCUGCUGGAACCUCCAGUUUGUCCAGAAGCAGAAGCUCUCCAUUUCCACAAACACACCUGCAAACAAGAAGGCCAGACUGGAAGAGAUCCAGUCCCCCAGUAAGAAGCUCCCCCCAGAGUCCACCCCUUGGAUUGUGUUUACAGGCUUUGAGCCCAUGCAGGUGCAGCAGUACACCAAGAGGUUGCACGCUUUAGGUGGAGAAGUAGCCGACUGUAGUCAGAGCGCCACCCACCUGGUUGCCAGCAAGGUGACCCGCACCGUCAAGUUCCUCACGGCCAUGUCUGUGGUGAAACACACCGUGACCCCAGAGUGGCUGGAGGAGAGCUGGAGGAGCCAGAAGUUUGUGGAUGAGCAGAGUUAUACUCUGAGGGAUGCUGAGGCAGAGGUGUUGUUUAACUUCAGUCUGGAGGAGUCACUGAAACGAGCCCACAGUGCACCGCUUUUUAAGGGGAAGUUCUUCUACCUGACUCCAGGAAUCUGUCCAAGCCUCAGCACCAUGAAGGCCAUCCUGGAAAGUGCUGGAGGAAAGCUACUGUCCAAACAGCCUUCCUACAGGAAGAUCAUGGAGCACAAACAGAACAAGAACCUUCCUGAGAUCAUCCUGAUUUCCUGUGACAAUGACCUGCACCUCUGUAGAGAAUACUUCAUGAAAAACAUCGAAUCUGUGUCUUUUGAUUCGCUACUCACCGAGUUUUGUAAAAUAUUCGACCGCCCGCUGCAACAAUCCAACGCCGAGAAGCGUCUGCUGGGAUUACGGCAGGGCCGGCGACCGGCGUCCGAACACGCUCUCGACUUCCGCAUCCUGGCGGCCCAGACAGGUUGGAACGACAGAGCCCUGCAAGCGAUCUCUCUCGACGAACGCUUCCGGGAACGCCGUAGGGAGCGAGACUACAACUCCCAGAAUCCUUCCGGUUCCGCUGUACCGCUGAGUGGGGCUUACAACUACAAUUCCGCCCCAGAAGACUACAAGUCCCAGACAGAGUUUUCUAACACUCAGUUAGAUCGGCCCGAACCUAUGCAGAUUGGUCGUACCAGUUUGACUCCUCAGGAGAGGCAGAGACACCCCACUUGGCAGUUUAUCCUUGAGGUGGAUGCAUCGGAUACAGGUGUCGGGGCGGUCCUAUCUCAGAGGUCGCUCCUGGAUAACAAGUUUUCUCCUCCAGACACUCCUGAGCCUGUUGAGGGCAUCAUCUCCCUGGUUUGCAUUGUCGGAGCCCUUACCUGGCCUAUUUUGAGAGAGGUUCGUGAAGCCCACCUGACAGAACCUGAUCCUGGCACUGGUCCCCCUGGCACUUUGUUCGUCCCCUCACAUAUGAGGUCUAAGGAACAAGACCGGUACUCAGCCUCCUGCCGGUCUUCUACAGCCUCUGCCAACGCCCAGCCGUCCAUGGUCUCAUAUUUCAGUGGACUUCGUCACCGGGUUGCCCCCUUCAGAAGGACUUUGGGGGCGUCCACCAGUCUCACUUCGGGUUAUCAUCCUCAGUCAAAUGGACAGACUGAAAGAUGCAAUCAAGAGUUGGAGACCACCCUGAGGUGCAUAGUGGAGCGUAACCCCUCAGCUUGGAGUCAACAUCUUGUGUGGGUCGAGUACGCCCACAACUCGCACACCUCCUCGGCCACAGUCAGGAGACAGAGGUGUCGGUUCCGUCUGUUCAGCACCACUUCCGCCGUUGUAGACGUGUUUGGCGCCAAACAAGGACGGCUCUACUUUGCACUGCGGCUCAAAAUAAGAGACAAGAUCACCAAUCCCUCGGCUGUGCGCCUACAGCUCCCCAGCUCUUUGAGGAUCCAUCCCACCUUCCACGUGUCUCAAGUUAAACCCGUUUCAGAGAGCCCAUUGUGCCCUCCUUCCGACCUCCCUCCACUCGCCCGACUUAUUGACAACCAUCCUGCUUUCACUGUCCGUACCAUACUGGAUGUCCGUCGCCGGGGACGGGGCUUCCAGUACCUCGUGGAUUGGGAGGGCUAUGGCCCGGAGAAGCGAUCUUGGAUCCCUCGUUCCUUCAUAUUGGACCCCAGCCUUAUCACCGCCUUCUUCAAGGUCCACCCCGAGAAGCGCAUUGGGUCGCCCAGGGGCGACUCGUGA